AUGUCUACGGAAAUAAUAGAUCCCACAACAGCCAGCGUUCCCUCCCAGGGUAUUCGCAAGAAUGCCCCAGGCAAACAAUGGAAACUUCCCAAGGCUCCCUUCAAGCCCGGGACCACUACCAUCUCGACCACCACCACCACCACAUCAUCCAAACAAUCAAAAUCUUACCUAGCCCGUCAAGCCGACCGUCUUCAAUCUUCAAUCAUUAAGACCAAGGAAAAGGAGCUAAAGGCCGAGAAGGAAGCUAUCCGUCAACAGCGGAUACAAAGCAUCAAGGACAAGCGAGCUGCUAAGGAAGAGAAGGAACGGUAUGAUCUGUUGGCGGCAAAGAUGCAUGCUAAACGUGUGGAGAGGUUGAAGAGAAGGGAAAAGAGAAAUAAACUGUUGAAAGAGAGGUAG